ACACGACAUAACCACACACGAACGUAUAACGAAGUAGUCAUUAACCGUGAUUAUGGAGUAUCUCCCUAUUAGGCUGAACAAGUUAGUGCAGGCUAUCAUUAGUAGAGACUGGCAAGCAGUAAAAAAGAUCUGUGAAACUGAGGAACAUCUUAUAAACACGUAUUAUGAUGAUGAUAAGGACUACGAGACGCCAUUAAUUUAUGCUGCAGUGUACCACGCACCAGACGACAUAAUGCAGAAUAUGAUUGAGAAAGCAACACAAGAGAAUUUAGAAUACAGGCGCCAGGUUGGUGCAACUACUGGUGGUUCAACCAUUCUCCAUUUCUUGGCGCUCACAACACGCGUGACUCCACUGAGAAGCGCGUUAGAAAGAACGAAGAACGCCAACGUAAAAGACGACGUUGGACGAACACCACUACAUUACUGCCUAUGUGCAUCAGAUAAUAACGAUGAACAUCGGGACACAGCAGUGUGUUUAAUGAUGCAUGGUGCCUUAAUAUCGAUAAAAAAUGCGUUCGGAAAGACGCCUCUUGAUGUUUAUGAUGAUACCGAAUAUAGUGAAGACGAAGAAACCACGAGUGAAGAGAAAUGUCAAUCACUUCGAAAGUUACUUAUAGAACUGUCAGUGCCCGGUGAAAUUUUAGCCAGAGGCGAAAAUGCUGUCAAGGCCUUCGAAUAUGAAAUGCAAAAUGGUGAAAUAUCGGUAGUUAAUGCAAGAUUCAUGUUUCUCGGGAAGGAAGGAGUAGGAAAAACCUCCUGUGUAAAUCACAUCCUUGGAAAAGCGUUUAAUGAGAAUGAACAAUCAACCGACGGUAUAGUUACAACAACAGUAUUUCAAACAUUUGGUGAAGACUGCAGCGAGUGGGAGACGACUAAUGUAGAUGUCUGUGAAUUAACCAAGCAGAUAAAAGAGGGAGCCAUAGCAGAAAAUAUCGCGAAGAAAUUGAAACAGCCAGAAAGCAAACAAAGUACAUCAUCCAAUUCUGCAUCAUCUUUAACGGGAAAAGUGGAGGAAGCAACAACUGUAAUGACAUUGAAUGAAAGAGGAAAUUCUCAGGAACCUCAAGGUGAUGGAAGUUUAUCAACGCAUCAGUCCACGAGAAGCCAUAAUACAUUUGAAAAGACACUACCAGACAGACUUCAUAAAAUGGUGGUUAAUAGACUUGCUGACCAGGGAACUAGCAACGUUGGUCCAAGUGAAGUAACAUCCAUAUGGGACUAUGCUGGGCAGUUAAAGUACUACAUAACUCAUCGGAUAUACUUGACAGGUGGAGCGUCAUACGGGGUUGUCUUCAGUUUGCUAGAUGAUUUGAAUGAUUUGAUUAAAACAAGAGAUUUACAUAAAGGGGAAUUGUCAAUGACUAACUUACAGAUGAUUCUAUUCUGGAUGCGUUCAAUAUUUGAACAUGCUGUUCUACCAAAUAUGGAAAAGAAGACAAUUUUCUUCAACGCCGAAAUAUCCUCACCCCCAAUCAGUUUGAUUGCAACUCACAAAGACCAAUUGUCGAAGAGUGAGGCAGAAACACGAAUCAACACCAUGUUCCACACAAUAUUUGAUGCAAUCAAAGGAACAGCUUACGAAACUCACGUUGACAGAACGAUAUACGCCGUUGAUAACACUGCAAAAAUGGAUGAAGGGAUUGAGACAUUGAAAAAGAACGUCGGAGGAUACAUGAAAGCAAUGGCAAGAACUGUACCAACAAGCUGGGUUGAUUUCCAGUCCAAAGUACAAGAGCUUGGUAAAACAAGGCUGCGGGUGUCUUUGGAUGAGAUCACCAGUGUUGCCACAGAGUGUGGAAUUUCGAAAAGCACGCUCACCACUGUCCUUGAUUAUCUAAAUGACACUGGAAUAGUUCUCUACUCUAAAACAAACGAGAAGUUGAAGAACACGGUGAUUACAAACCUACGUAUGAUGAUUGACUUCUUGACCAAAAUCAUCACAGUGGUAACACCAGAUGAUAUUGACAAG